ACACACACACACACACACACACACACACGCACACGCACCCACCCAUUCAGAACACCCACUCUAUCACAUAGUCUAAUUCACACUCUUUCAUACACACACAUAUACAAGAUACACUUCCAUUCACACAGAUCGCACUCUCUACAAACACUCCGCAGGCAUGGACUACUGCUUUCUGACCAUGUGGAUCUGCAGCCUGCUGCCAGAUCUUCCUCUGGCCUUCGUCUUCCACCCGACCCGUGCCGGGCUGCACCGCGGCCCCCCGGGGACGCAGUUCGGAUACACGGUCCAGCAGCACAUGGCGGGGGGGCGGCCCUGGCUGCUGGUUGGAGCGCCGCUGGAGUCCAGCGACGGCCAGCAGACCGGAGACGUGUACCGCUGUCCUCUGGACGUCCGGAAGAACUGCUCCAGACUUCACCUGGGGCGCGUGUCGCUGCCCGAUGUCUCGGAGCGGAAGGAGCACAUGAAGCUGGGGCUGUCCCUGACCUCCAACCCCAAGGACCAGAGCUUCGUGACCUGCGGGCCCCUCUGGUCUCAUGAGUGCGGCAGCUCCUUCUACAGCACCGGGAUGUGCUCUCGCAUUGGACGCAACUUCAAGUUCUCCAGCACCAUCGCACCCGCACUGCAGAGGUGUGAGACGUUCAUGGACAUCGUAAUCGUCGUGGACGGCUCCAACUCCAUCUACCCCUGGUACGAGGUGCAGAACUUCCUCAUCAAGAUCCUGGAGAAGUUCUACAUGGGCCGGGGGCAGACCCAGGUGGGGGUGGUGCAGUACGGCUCCCGGGUGGUGCAUGAGUUUGCGCUAAGCGACUUCCAGACGGUGGAGGAGGUGGUGGCGGCGGCACGUAGCAUCGAGCAGCGAGGAGGAGAGGAGACGCGCACCGCCCUCGGGAUCAACAAAGCCCGACAGGAGGCGUUUGCGCGUGGCGGGCGGCGCGGCGCCAAGAAGGUGAUGAUCGUCAUCACGGACGGAGAGUCACAUGACUCCGCCGAGCUGCCACGGGCCGUCGAGCUGAGCAGGAAGGCCAACAUCACCACGUACGCCAUCGCUGUCCUGGGGAGCUACACCCGUCUGGGGAUAGACCCCGCAUCCUUCUUGAAGGAGAUCCGCCUCCUGGCGAGCGACCCUGAGGACCAGCACUUCUUCAAGGUCUCGGACGAGUCGGCGCUGAAGGACAUCGUGGAGGCGCUGGGAGAGAGGAUGUUCUCCAUAGAAGGAACCAACAGUGAGGGGAGGAAGUUUGGACUGCAGAUGGCCCAGGCUGGUUUCUCCUCCCACCUCGUCCAGGACGGGGUGCUGGUGGGGGCGGUGGGGGCCUACGACUGGAACGGGGCGGUGCUGAAGGAGACCCCCAAAGGGAAGGUCAUCCCCCCGCGCUCGUCCUACCUGGAGGAGUUCCCUGAGAGCCUGCAGAACCACGCCGCCUACCUGGGUUACGCGGUGGGCUCCAUGGUAACGGCCCGGAGGAGGCAGCUGUACGUCGCCGGGGCCCCGAGGUUCAACCACACGGGGAAGGUGAUCGUGUUCACCAUGAAGAACACCGGGCACCUCAGCAUCCUCCACUCGCUGCUGGGACAACAGAUCGGCUCGUACUUCGGCAGUGAGCUGGCGUCGGUGGACCUGGACGGGGACGGAGACACAGACGUCCUCCUGGUGGCCGCGCCCAUGUACUACUGCCAGGGCUGGGAGAGAGGCCGCGUGUACAUGUGGGCCCUCAGCGCCCAGGGAACGUUGGUCCACCAGGGGGUGCUGGAGGGGUCGGAGCACGCCCAGAACGCCCGGCUAGGCUCCGCCCUCGCCCCCAUCCCCGACAUGAACGGGGACGGCUGGAGCGAGCUGGUGGUGGGCGCGCCACUGGAGGACGACCACCAGGGGGCGGUCUACGUCUUCUACGGAAAGAGAGACCGCAUCCAGAAGAAAUACAGACAGAGGAUCUCGGCGGUCUCCCUGGGGUCCGGUCUGCAGUACCUGGGUCUCAGUCUCCACGGGGUCCUGGACCUGAAUGCAGACGGGCUGGUGGACCUGUCCGUGGGGGCGCUGGGGGGCGUGGCCACAAUCUGGUCUCGCAGUGUGCUGCGGAUCAGCUCCAGGGUGACCUUUGAACCUGAGAAGGUGAACCUGUUCCAUAAGGACUGCCAGCGGGGGGGCAGGGAGGUGAGCUGCAUGUUGCUGUCCGUCUGUCUGCUGGCCCGGACAGCCGCCCCCGCCCCCACCCCCACCUCCGCCCCAGUGGGUGUCUGGGUUUCUUUGGGUCUGGACGAGAGGCGGGUCCCCCCCCGGGCAGUUCUGGACCAAUCAGAGGACAGGUUGCUGCUGCUCUCCCUGCUUCCUGGACAAGAGCUCUGUCAGCCAAUCAGCUUCUCUGUUCAGGAGACCCCUGACUAUGGCCGGCCCAUCCUGGUCGUCACGGAGACCGGCCUGCAGACCCCCGACGACGGGACAGUCCUGGACCCCGACUGGCCCUCCGUCCUGAGGACUGAGCUCCCCUUCUGGAAUGGCUGUGAGCAUGAGGAGAGCUGCCGGCCUGACCUGGUCCUCCACGCACACUCAGACCUGCCCACACUCAGCCAGUUCUGUGGUGUGAAAGGGCAUCCUGCCCUGUGCCGCCAGCAGGGGGCGGGCCCAGAACAGAAAGGGGGGGUCACAGCACAGGGAGGCGUGGUCUCGGGGCGGGGUGGCCCGGCGUCUGGGGCGAAGCGAGCCUCUGUGAGGGUGGUGGAGUCGAGCCGUCGGAGGGUGGUGGUCUACGGCCGUCUGGAGAACCUUGGGGAGAACGCCUUCGGCGCUGCGCUGCACCUCCGCCACUCCCCCAACCUGGUCCUCUCCAGCAUCCUCGUCAAGGACCAAUCAGAUCUCCAGAUAGAGUGUCACGCUGAGCUGGCCAAUCAGAGGAGCUGUAACAUCAGUGCUCCCUUCAUGAGGUCCAGGGCGCAGCUGUCCUUCCACGUGGAGUUUGACUUCAGCCACCUGGGGUUUCUGGACCACAUGGAGGUCGUCAUAGAAGCCAGCAGUGAGGGCAUUGAGAGGAAUCCAGCAGACAACAUGAACCAUCUCCACCUUCCUCUACAGUACGAAGCAGAUCUCCUGUUCACCAGGCACCCUGACUCUCAUCAUUAUGACCUCUCUUCCUCACCCCCAUCUUCCUCAUCCUCCCUGGACACCACCCUGACGUACCAGGUCCAGAACCUGGCUAUGUUUCCCGUGUCGGACCUCCUGCUCGGUCUGGAUGUCUGGGCUGUGACGCCGUCUGGCACCCGGCUGCUCAACCUCACCUCCUACAGCACCCUGCCGGCCGGCGGGGGUCACUGCAGCCUGCCGGCCCACACAGCCCACACCACGGAGAAGGAGGAGGACCUGACCCACACCCCACAGCUGAACCGUUCUAACAGCAGGAGUUUGGCUGUGGAGUGCAGGCUGAGUGUCGCGGCCAGGAGCACCGUGCAGGUCAGCAUCUCAGGGAGACUGCAGCAUCACACGCUGGCCACCAAGGUGAAGUUCCGAUCUCUGGAGAUCUUGACGUGUGCAAACCUUCACCUCGACCUGACCAGCAGCAGCUUUCUGCAGGAGGACAGACCGACUAGAGUGGUGGUGUUGGGGCUGAGGAAGGAGGUGCUCUCUGAGCUGCCCGUGCUGGUGGUGCUGGGCAGCGUGCUCGGAGGACUGGUGCUGCUCGCCCUGCUGGUCCUGCUCCUGUGGAGGCUGGGUUUUUUCAGGAGGCGGACCCGGAAGGAAGCAGAGGAGGCGGAGGGGCUGGCGUUGACCAACGAGAAGAUGGCAGAGAACUUGCUGUAGUCAAGAUGUCCUCAAGUCUACAGGUUACCUGCUCUCAGGGCCAGCACUCCCUAACCCUGUCAUCCUCUAGAUAUAUAUAUAUACACAUAAUGCAUACAUUUCUAUGUUAUAUAUAUCGUCUGAAUGUUGUUUUUUACACUCUUUGUUGUAGAUCGACAAGACUAAUCAGAACUUACAGAAAACUGUUCUUUAGACCAAGCCAUGAAGGAGCAGGUCGG